AAGAAAAGGUGCUGAAAAAGGUCAAAUGAUCGGAAUCCGCACUCUUUUUCUUCCCCCUUUCUCUGUACCUUUUCAGAUCCAGGUAAAACGCUAGUUCUGGGCGGUCCUCGGAUUACACAGAUGUUUAUUCUCGUUUGAUGUGAUUAGGAGCUGUAGUUGAUUCAAUUCUUUGAUUAUUUGGGCGAAUAUCAAUGAUUUAGAUGGCGGGUGUCAGGAGAUUCAGGUACAGGUCAGGGAGGCACUGAUUUUGUGUACAUACCGAUCGGUUGAGCUAGAAAAGAAUCUUCUUUGGUUUGUCUGGGAUUUGGCAAUCUUGGGCAGGGGCAAUUUGGGCGUGUGUUAUACUAGCUGGGUAUUUUUAGUUUGCUUGGUUUUGCUCCUAACGGAUGAUGGGUGAGCUAGUUUUGGUAUCCUAAUUGCAACCUGGUUUAGUUGGUGGAAUCUGGAUGCUUUGCGGAGUUGGGUUUUUUUGCUUUGCUUAGCGGAUUGGAUUGUUGAUGUCAUGGUGUACGCCAAGUUGUAAGGAGUAAGAGUUUUGAGUAUUGAGAGGUACUGAUAUCAAAAGAUUUGGAGAAUGAGCUUAGAAACAAAGGAACGAAGCACAAUGGAUCACCAUGCUCAAAAACAAAAUAGUGAAUCUCAAAAGAAAUUGAAAUUUUCAUAUUCAAGAGAUUUUCUUCUAUCAUUGAAAGAAUUGGAUGUUUGCAAGAAGUUACCCACAGGAUUCGACCAAUCACUUAUGAGUGAGUUUGAGGAUGCAUCACAAGAUCGGCAGAGAAUUUCUGGCAGUUUGUCAUUACAUGGUUUAAGGCGUAAUGAGUAUGGUUCAUCUCCACCUACCAGAGGAGAGCAAGGAAACUAUUCUCGGGGAAUCAAUGGGAGAUGGGACAGUCGCUCUAGUGGACGGGGUGAUAGAGACAGUGACUCUCAAUCUGAUUGGGAUUCAGAUUCUGGAAGGCAUUAUGGCAAUCAAUCUAAGCGGUCUUGGCAAGUUCCUGAGCAUGAUGGGCUUCUAGGUAGUGGCUCUUUUCCACGACCAUCUGGAUAUGCAGCAGGGGCAUCAGCUCCAAAGUUUCGAUCUAAUGAUCAUUACCAGCUUAAUCGGAGUAAUGAGCCAUAUCAUCCACCCCGCCCUUAUAAGGCAGUACCUCACACACGGAGGGAUACCCAUGACUCAUACAAUGACGAAACAUUUGGUUCUUUUGAAUGUACUAGUGAAGAUAGAGCAGAGGAGGAAAGAAAAAGAAGAGCCUCCUUUGAGUUGUUCAGGAAGCAACAACAAAAAGAAUUUCUAGACAAGCAAAAGAUCAAUCCAGAAAGGCGUAAAGAUGACUUUGAUAUUAGUGAAUUACUGGAGGACUCCAAAGAUGAGAAGGGACCUCUCAACAGAAGCAAGGAAACAGAUGAACUUGCAAUUUCAUUGGCCCCAGGAAAUGAUUCUGGAAAAUCUUCUCUUCCCCUACAAACUCCUGCAGCCAGGCCUCUUGUACCCCCAGGUUUUACAAGCACAAUUUUAGAAGGAAAUUUUGGAACAAAACCUUCAAUUCAUUCUGAUUCAUCACAGAUCGGGAGUUUUGAACUUGAGGGUAGCCUUGUGCAUGUCAAAGGCACCCACCCACCCAAUGGAACUUCUGAUAUUCUCUUAGAAAAGCAGUCUAAACAGCAUGCUGAACAAUUGAGUUUAAGUGAGCAGCAGCAUGGAAGCAUAAGCAUUACUUCAGCCAAUACUCAGAGUGAAGAGACUAUCCCUUCCUCGUUAGAUGUAGAUGUAUCAAACACGACAGUCAUGGGUUCUGAAAUACACAAGUCAUCCAAUCUCGCAGAAGCUUUCCAACCUUCAGAGAACAGUGAAAUCAUUGAACUUGAUCCAAAGAAGUUGCCAAUGAGUGACAUUGUGGGCAUAUCCAAACGGGAUAAUUCAACCUCAGUUUUGGACAAGAUUUUUGGUAGUGCUUUGACACUAAAUGGAGGUGGUUCCGCUAGUUUCAUUGAGCAUCAGAAUAAUAAAAUAGACGAGACACAGGCACCUGUUACUGUACAUUCUUCUAAGUUUGCUCGCUGGUUUCUUGAAGAAGGAAGGAAACCAGUUGAGGAUCUUUCAUCUGCCAGGUCAAAUGACUUGCUGUCAAUUAUUCAGGGGAGUGAAAGAGGUGGUGCCCAGGAUUCUGAUGUAGCUACUAAGAAUGUCACAUCAAAUGUUACCUUCCAAAGCCCCAAACUUGCUGAUAGGCAUGUAGCAUCAAGUUUAUCUUCUAGGAUUGAAAACUCUGAGCAGGCAUGCAAUGUUAAUAAUAUCAAUAAACCAGCAGCAGUUCCAGCUGUCCUCACAUGCGAAGACCUUGAAAAAUCAAUUUUGUCAGAAAGCAGUGAAAACGUUCCAACUUUGCUUCCUCCCGUGCAAGUUUGGAGCAUUCCUGAUGAGAAGACCAAGCAGCAAAAGGGAAAAAUAGACGAUCAGGCAUCACAUCAUCUACUUUCAUUGCUGCAGAAGGGCACUGGCAUGAAAGAUAUGGCAUCUGUUAAGCUAGACAUCAGGCCUAUGGAAAAACUACAAUUUAGCGAAGUAGCCACCAGCAUGGAUAAUGCUUCUCAUGAUUCAAAAGAGGUGAAAGCAGAAAAUGUUCCCAGUUCAGGGAAGACUCUGACUCUUGAAGCACUUUUUGGAAGUGCUUUCAUGCAGGAACUAGAGUCAGUGGGAGCACCAGCUUCUUUCCAGAAUGACUCAAUGAUUUCCACUACAGUAGAUCCGUUAGAAUGUAAUGGGUUACCUCUUCCUCUUAAAGAUGAUGGUGUUCUCUCUUCCGUGAUUCACAUUGGGUCAAACAUGAGUGAUUACAAAACCAAUAUUUUUCCAUUUACUCAAAGAGAGCACAUGAAAUCUGAUGAAAUAGGAGAGCAUCUUUUAGGCUUUGAUGAUCAUAGAACUGUACCCGAUUCAUCACAGCAUAGAGCUGAAUUGGGAUCUAAACUUGGUGGAUUUGAUGAGUCUGCUGAUAUUAGGCUUCCUGAAGAGGAUAGUUUGAUUGCUGUCAGUCAUCCUGUCAGCCUGCAGAACUUCAUGCCUGUUAGAACUUCAGUUAAAGCUGAAUUAUUACCUGCCCAAGAGGAACCAGUUGACAUUGUUGAGAAACUAGCUGCACUAAGGCCUGUUGUGGGAGGUCAAGAGGACCCCUCGUUUCUUCAUGGUACUUAUGAUAAGAGGGAGCCAGAUAUACCUUUUCACAAUCUUAAUGUCCAGCCAUCUUCUUUACAGCUUCAUCCCCCUCAGUUGAAUCAUGCUGGACCAUUCUCUCAACCUCCUAAUAUUAAUUCUCAGAUGAUCCACCGUGAUCCUCCCCCAAACCACCAAUUUCCUGCAAAUAUGCUCCGCCAUCCAUUCCAUCACCCAAACAGUGGACGAACCAGUUUUGAUCCUCCCCUACAAUAUCCCAUGUUACAACAAAUGCAUUCACCAGGAAAUUUUCCUCACUUGCAACAAGGACUCCCUGGAAGUGCACCACUGCCUCAUUCAAACAAUCCAUUGACUGGUGGUUUUAUGCAGGAAAUGAACCCAGUGCAAGGUUUUCCUUUUAGUCGUAGGCAACCCAACUUUCCCGGUCUUGGAAUUCCCCCAGGUCCUGACGUGGGUGGCAUGGGCAGUCACCCGGAGGCAUUGCAAAGGCUUAUUGGGAUGGAACUCAGGUCAAAUCCAAAGCAGAUUCGUUCCUUAGGUGGUUCCGGCCAUAGCCAAGGAAUGUACGGUCAUAGAUAGUGGAUUCUGAUUUGUGAUGUUGUAUAUCGCAAUUUAUUUGUCUGUUGCUCAGACUUUCAACUCCUUGCUUGGCAAAUAAAUUUCACUUGCAUUUACUUGCUUGCUCUUGGUGAUAGGAGAUCGAGAAAUAAAAUAAUUUCUUUAAU